AUGACAAGGCUAGCAUUUAGUCUUUGGAGUCUGCCCUCUUUGGUUCCUGCUCUUUUCCAUGUUCUGUCUAUUGUUCACUCUUUGAACUUCCCAUCACUGCCGUCGCGUCUGGCAUCACCGUCAGUGUCGUCGGCGGAUAUUCGUCGGCUUCUGCCCUCCCAGACGACUCUCUUCGGCCCUGCACCACGCCGUUCAACUUCCCCAUCUCUGGCAACGGAAAUUCGCCGACUUCCGCCCUCCCAGUCGCAAUCAGAUUUGCCAAUCAGCUCGCCGCGACCGCUAUCCGCCAGGAUAUGGACCGACUCUGGUUGUACCCGACGCCUUCCCGUUGAUCCCGGCGUUGUUUCUAUCUUGCCGUCAGAGUUGAGUUCUCCGGUGGUUGACGGUGAGUCGUUCACGCCUGAGCUAGUGAGCCUUGUGAUGUUGGUCGUGAAGUGUCGCCGGUGGGAGUUGGCAGAAGACGCGUCGCUGGCGACAAUGGGCGUGAAGAGAGAGAGACGUGUUGGGUUGGAGAAAUUUGAGAACACUGCAAUGAGGCUUGUCCCAACUGCUAGAAAGAUCACCAGCACCGCAAACACCUUAUCCCGCCUACUUGACAUGCAGUGGACAUCCCUGCAGAAAGAAAGUUCGUAUUCAAAACAUAAACACAAACACAAGAAUUUUCUCAAAUCACUUUCUUGCUUUCCCCACUACCGCAAGGAUUAG